GGCCCAAACACAGUGGUUUGCCCAUCCAUUAUUAUUAGGGUUGGGGGUUGGGUGUGGUAGUUCACCAACUAAUUUACGAUAGGCAAGUGAAAGAAGUACAUAGGACAAAUGUUUCCCUCGCUAAGCGAUUCCUGAUUUCAAGGUUGUUAAUGUAGAUUACGGUGAAUGUUAUCGUCGUUACAUUAUCAUCAUAUCAAUAUACCUUUCGAGAUUGAACAUUCAAUUCAGCAUGACUGGCUGACAAUAAUGUAGGAUUUGAUGAGAAAGUCUAUUUCGUUAUACACUCAAACACACACGAAGCUCUCGGUCCAGCAGUACAUAUCGACCUCAUAACGUAUUUUAUAUGGUGUAGAAGAACAAACGAUUCCAGACCUCUAAUCGAAUUGCUUGUUCCGAUACCUCUCACUCCCCCAAUGAAUUCAUGAUCAAAUCAAAUCAACACCAUCUCGAACAAAUUCUUCAAUCCAAAGGCAUCCAUCCAAGAGUCCCAUCCUCGAGAAAUCUAAUGCCCUAGCAAUGGAAAAAUGGGCAUGCAUGAGAUAAUGACAUUGUUUGUAUUUGACAAUAAGCUUGCAUGAUUGGUCAGGUUCGGUGCCACGUGGGAUCGGGCCAUUGGAGGGGAUGGUAUGUAUGCGGAAAGCAUCGAGACAAAUUGGUAGCCAGCAAACCCACGUGGGCUGGUCAUUCUCGGGCCUAAUAAUUGAGCUCUUGGGUCGAGCAAAAUUUCAUUUUUUCUGGUGGGCUUUUUACAUGUUUCAACGUAUUUAUUACUCCCUAAACUGGACAGCUCAGAAUUAGUUGCACCCACAUCACUGGCCCACUCAACUCCCUGUCUCAUUUAUUGGCUAGACCUUUGUCUUCUUUCACCCCAUUUAGGGGUGGGCAACGGGAAACGGGUAUUUGGAUAUACCCGUACCCGUCCCGUUUUUUAAGGGUUACGAGUAUCCAUAUUACCCGUAUUAUUAUAAACGGAUGGGACUUGAGAUUGUACAUUCCUAAUAUGGGUACCCGCGGGUUACCCGCAAAUACCCGUUUGGUAAUGUGGGUACCCGUUAUACCCAUUUACCAAAAAUAGCCCACAGCCCAACACCCCAACCCAAUUCACUAAUUCAGAAAUGUGGCAUUGGGCCUUGGCUAUUUCGGCCCUUAACCUUAGUCGACCCUUACCCUGCCUAGCUGCCUAUUCCCUUUCGGCUUUCACUUAACUGUGAGACAGUCAGACAGCGAGAGUGUGAGACAGCGUCCUCCACCCAGCGCAGCCGCAACGCCAGCCUCAGCGACAGGCCAACAGCGAGAUUCUGGACUCUAAUUACUAGUUAGGUUUGUUAUCUAUUUAGGUAUGCAGCUGCCAUUCUCUUUUCUUUCCUACUUACAGUACAUAUUCUGGACUCUAAUUACUAGUUAGGUUUGUUCUGCUAAUUACUAAUUAUGUUUCUAAUUUCCAGCAUCUGUCUAUUUGGUUUAUGUUGAUUUGGUUUAUAGUUUCCAUGGCUAAUCAAGGGAAUGAAGCCAGUCAAGGGAAUGAAACUUUGGGUAUUUAUGGGUAUUAUGGGUACCCGUUAUCCGUCCCGUACGGGUAAUGGGUACCCGUUUCCCAUAUGAGUUUGGGACAUGGGAAGGACUUUGGCCUCCAAAUGGGACUGGGUACCCGUUUAAAACGGGACGGGUAUCCCGUCCCGUCCCGUUGCCCACCCCUAACCCCAUUAUUGCAUGCCACGUAGCAGCACCCAAGAUCUCGGAUCGGCUCUUAUGGAACCGGGUUUGUGUCGUUGGGUUCGAUCAGUUGUAGGCUAUUAUGGAUUUAGCCACGAGGAAUCGAGAGCAUUUGGUCUAAUAGAUCUAAUUAAUUAUACAUUCUCGGAUAAUUGAUCCUCGUUGUUCGCAUUCUUACCCCGUAUUCAAAACCAAUCGGACUUUGAAGCGUCCUGAGCAAUCUUAAAUAGUAAGCCAAUGUGAUGCAUGGUUCGAGCUAGGAAUAUGAAAUGAAGAGCUCAUAAACAGAAUCUGAUGUCAAAUCUCAUAUGCUCGAUACAAUAUCUACGUGACUGUUUCGCUCUUGGAUAUAAUAUAUAAUAUAUUCGAACCCCUAACAUCUAGAUGUGAAAUUGCUAACUAACUGUUGCAUGGUGAUGGGAACAUAAAAUGGUCAGUGGUCACCAACACAAAUCCAUCACCAUUCACCAACUUCUUUCUCUUUGCAUUGUCUACUUUUUCUUGGACUUUUCUUUUUUGCAAAUUAGUGAUUGUGACAAUAAGCCCAUUAGGUUCAUUAAGGAAAUUAAGAUUGUUGAAUGAGGAAGGAAUGGCUAGCAAGGCCCACAGAUUAAAGCCCACCAGAUCAAACGCAGGUCACGGAGCAAGUUUUGCUGAGUUAAGGACCAAAAUUGGAAGAAGAAAAUUUACGAGGGCUAAAAAUAUACGAAAGCAGACACAUUAGGUCGUUUUUUUAUCAGAAGAAGAUGUCGUUUUACCUCGGAGCUCCUGCAAUAGUGAGGAGUGAGGACGAUCCAUUGCUUUGCUCGAGAGGAGAAAGAAUGGCGAUUGGGUCUCCGAAAUUCGUCUGAGAAAGCUAGCCGACGAUACAGCGAUCGGAAUCUAUACGUAAGCGGCGUAUCCGAUACAGAGAUCCGGUGAAGACGCUGAAGCGAAUCCCGAUUUCCCGCCAAUUGAAGAAAGGCGGGAGGGGAAGGUGAGAAUAGACGGAAGGUGUAGAAACAGCGGAGUUCAGGCUCUGCUUUCAGUUUCGAUUAUCGCUAUCGCCAUCAAAUUUCUGGUAUUUUUCCCUUUCUCUGGAUUUUUUCGAGCGGGCAAAAGGGUCGGGAGUUUGAGCUGCGGAAUUCCUUAUUGUCCAAGUGUUCUCUGUUUGCAGAUACGAUUUGUUGGGUAGAUUUGAAGAUUUUAACAGCGAUGAAGAAGUUAUUGGAGUUUGGGAGGAAAGCGUUUUUCUAUGCGAAGGUGCUUUCAGGAUAUGAAGAACGUAGAAUCCGGAAUUAUAGAUUGAUGCUGGAGAAGCGUCUCCAACAGGCACAAGAGAAAAAGUUGGCCUUGAGAAAGAUUCCUGAGCAGACUAUACUUACAGAAGUUCGCGCUAUGGUUGAGGAUAUGCAAGCGUUGAAUAAGAAGCUCGAAGAAACUGAGGCUGCCAUCGACGACUACUUCAAGCCAAUCAACACGCAAGCCGAGAUACUAAUGAAACAGCAACUCGAGGGGGAGGAGCAGACAAUGACAGAGAUGAUGAAGGUUCUGGAAACGAAAGCCAUGAUCGAGGAGGCCCAAGCACAGAAACCUGCAAUAGCAGAUCAAAUCGGUGCUUCAAACACCCAUACCCAGGAAACAGAGUCCCCCACCAAGCAGGAGGCUCAAAUGAGAUAAGCUUAUAGUUAUAACACAUGACCAGCGAUUUUAGAUAGCCUUGAGCCAUGUAGCAGAUUUAAUAAUUGCCUCGAGCCAUGUUAGGAAAAGAACCGAUAUCAUCGAACAUUAGCUAGUUGUUCAAUGUAUGCUUUGCGAGUAUGAGGAUUAAUCCGAGAUGCAUUGGCAAUCAAUGGAGCACGUCGUGACUUUUUUUACUUGGUUUUGGAAAUCGUCAUGAACUAAUUCCAGAUUUGCAGUUUGUAUGUAACUUCCAUGGCUAGAACUUGGGUGUGGAACCAGGUCGAAUCGACAUGUAGCUCGAUUCAGUCUCUAUUAUCAUAUUCCAUUGUAGUUCUUGAAAUCAAUUAAGUAAAUCGAC